CGCGAAGCAUUACUCUGCUUCAAAAUGGCUCCAGCGGCGAAGGGCAGAAGGCAGCGUGCCCUACGAGAAGAUGGCGACCUUGAAACUUGAAUUCGCUGACAUCAAUAGCCUGGCUUUAAGAUGGCGGAAGCAAGCCGCGGGCUGGGGUUGUUGCUCCCUCCUCCAAGAUGGCCGCUGCAGCUGCUUGAAGGCAGAAUUGCGUUAUUGUCCACGUGAUGUAAAAGUGUUAUUCUAAGAUGGCGGCGCCCAUGCUCAGAGGUGUGAGGCCCAGAGGCUGGAAUCUGUGUACUGUUAGGCGCUAUUUAGUAGAAGUGCCCCGGAGAGAGAUCACUUUCAAGCUAGAUGAGAGAACAGCCCACAGCAGCUUGGACUUAAUCAAAAAGGACACUGGUGUCCUUUAUCGUAUGCUGGGGAUUGACCGCACCAGAGUUCCCCAGAAUCCUGAACGCUUUAGGGAGUGGGCGGUAGUACUGGGUGACACCACUAUAUCCAGUGGGUAUCAUUACUGGGAAGUGACUGUCAAACGAUCGCAGCAGUUCCGCAUAGGGAUAGCUGAUGUAGAUGUCUCUCGGGAAGGCUGCGUUGGAGUGGAUGAGCGCUCCUGGGUCUUUGCCUAUGCUAACCGGCGCUGGAAUGCCAUGUUUGCCAAUGAGACUACUCCAAUCAGCAACAUCGGCCACCCAGAGAGAGUGGGUCUGCUCUUGGACUACGAUGGCAAGAAACUCAGCUUGGUGGAUGUAAGCAAACAUGUAUUCAUCCACAGCAUUUUUGCUGAGUUCCAAGGCCCCGUGGUGCCUGCCUUUGCCCUCUGGGAUGGUGAACUACUAACUCAUUCAGGCCUUGAUGUACCUGAGAAACUCAACAGGAACUGAAAACCUUUCAAAUUUGAUGAUGCUUGCUUACAUGGACACUUGGCCUGGAAGAUUGCACUCUUCAGAGUGGCACCUAGGAAAGGAAAUAGCCUUGUCAUUGUUAUACAAGCCAGAGGAAAAUAUUAUGCCUUUUGAUUCCAGGUUGAAAUCUAUCCCAGUUUGGAAUGAAGUAAGAUUUUAUUCAAAGCAGUCAGUGACAGGGCCGCAUUCUAACCUUCUACCUCUGCUCCCUUAUGCUUGCAUUAAAUGAAAUUCACUGUCCACGGAUUUGGGAUGUGUUUGGCUUACAUCAGCUUUGUGGGUUUGUCUAUACAGAAAACUAGCUUGGGUUGUUCUACGGUUAUUUGAAAGAGCAAGUUUGUUUCUUGAUAGCUAUUGUGUAUGAUCAGCUUCACCUUUUGCUGCUCUUAUCCCAUGUCUUUUAGUGAUCUGAAGCACCCUCUUGCUCAGCCAAAGUAUCUACUUGAGCUUUCAGAGGUCUGCAGACAGGAAACUUCCACUUUGAUAGGAACCUCUGUACAAUGCAUAGCCACUGUUGCCCUCUGCUGGUCCAGUGGAAGGACAACCAAGCUUACAUCUGAUCCGAUGGUAACUCGGUGACAUGCCCAGUGGGUCUCUAAUCCUCCUGUACUGAGAGACUUUGCUGGCAUAAGGAAUUACUCUCUUCAUAUGCAACCCAAUAAUCUUGUCCCACUUCAUCAUACCCUGUCUUAAUAGGAGUUUCUCUUGACAGGGCUUAAUCUAUAUUUAGUGGAGCAGCCAUAACGUAAUACAGGUCAAACCAGCAUAGUUCUGCUGUCCAGCCUAAGAGAUUUGGGGGUUGAGGUAUUGGCAGAAAGGUUUUGAUCCAAAUAGCCAAACGCACCCUAUUCACAAUUCUCUCUGAUUUAUACCACGCUGACAGGUUUUCUAGAGACAGACUUUGUUUUAUGAAACACAACUGAAAGACAAGGAGCUGUUUUUGAAUCCGGAAGAGCAGCCCUUUGUCCUGCAUUUGUGUCAGCUAUGUGUGUUGGCAGUUGUGUACCCAUCACAAUUAAUAAAAAUAAGCUUAUCUAAAA